AUGGACUUUGCCCUACCUCAGAAUCUCUGUCCUGAGGCGCAGCACGAGUUUCAGGCUGUUAGUGUCCUUCCGACGCAACCAUAUGAAUCACCACUCCGUUUCCGUACCACUAGUAGUUAUCUUAAGCUCAUUCGUUCAACCGCGUAUGUGCUUAAGUUCAUCAAAGCCCUCUUCCUAAAAACCCGCAUCCGCAAUUAUACCCUCAACCUAGCCACUGUUGUACUGUCCAAGGACGUUUCAGCUUCGGAGAUCACCAACGCGGAAACUCUCCUCAUUAUGGAGCAUUACCGCGAAAGUGAAUCCACGUUGAAACGACUACCAUUGGAUAAGUACAACGCCCACCAUGCUGCAGAUGGAUUGACCCGAUGUCCGAAUCGAUUAGACCAUGCUCGGACUUCGUCUCAGUCAUCUGCACCUAUCUUUCUUAUUCCGGAGCACCACUUUGUCCAUCUUCUCGUUAUGUACCACCACAAGACCAGGUUCCAUUCAGGUGUUCAUGCCACAAUAGCCGCUCUCCGCACAUCAUAUUUUAUUCCUUCCAUCAAAACCACCAUCACCAGAAUCCUUCGGUUCUGUACAGUAUGUAGAAGAGCCCAAGGACACGCUUACCGCUAUCCUGAGAUGUCUAGUCUCCCUCCGGAACGAGUCAACCGCUCUAGACCGUUCCAGAAUGCCAAGAUUUGGAUCUAUCUCUUCACCUGUAUGGCAACCCGCGCUGUACAUCUCGAGUUAGUCCAUAAUAACACCGCAUUCGAGUUUUUACUCGCCUUUCGCCGUUUCAUUGCUCGCAGAGGUACUCCGGACCUCAUUAUCAGCGACAAUGCCACCACUUUCCGCUCAGCCAAUGACUCCCUACAAAGCACCAUCUAUAACCGCAGAGACAUAGAAAAUAUAUCCGCUCAACUCGCUAACCGCAAGAUUGAAUGGAAGCUCAUCACCCCUCUUUCCCCCUGGAAAGGAGGAUUUUAUGAACGUCUAGUCGGUCUUUUCAAAUCCGCAUUCAAAAAAGCCAUCAAACAUACCCUAUUAUCACUUUCCCAAUUUCAGACCCUGGUUGCAGAAAUUGAAGCAGUGUUCAACUCCAGACCACUUUUAUCCAUCAGCGACACAUCAUCUUCACCACACGUUCUUCGACCAAUAGAGUUCGUCUCACCGCAAGUGGAACUCCAAUUACCACCUCCGCACCACAACCCUCUCUACAUCCCUCCAAACUGUCUUUCCGAAUGGUACAAGGAGACACUCGCCGUAUUGAACAACUUCUGCGACAUCUGGUACAAGGACUACUUAUCCGCAAUAUCCGCACGUCACCAACAUCGUAUCCACCAAGGAAGGUCCAUUGACCAAGGAGACUCAUUCCAUCGAUCGACCAAUCAACUACAUCCAUUGGAGAUUUCCGCAAAGGAAGACCCACGACCGAAGAAGAGCCGCCAACAACUGCAACCCACACGGAUCCAACCACCACGAGCAGCCAAACGGCCACUGCCAUGUCGAGCCGCUGCUUGUCGAGCUGCUGCCCAUGUCGAGCCGCUGAACUCCAUUGUCGAGCCACCGUCAUGUCGAGCCGCUGUUGUCGAGCCGCUGUUGUCUAUGUCGAGCCGCUGCACGACACCGUCUCCUCCUACUCAACAUCGUCCACGUGGUCAACCAUCUGUCAAGCGAACCAGUACAACGCCACGUAUCGUCUACGUCGUCAUCAGGCAAGACCUCUGCCUACGGGCAUACACCUGCCGUCCUGUAGGAUAG